AUGAAAGGCAGCUUGGUGGAUGUGGUAGGAGACUCUCUCAGCCCGGCGGUCUUUUCCUUCAUCCAAAGAUUUCCUCAACCGUCCCUACCCGGAGGAGGAGGAGGAGGAGAAGGGGAAGGCCCAGCCCACCGCCAGGCCGCGGAAGGCCUAUCGACGACGAGGACGAUCCGGUGCCGCCACCCGAGCACCCGAGGCUCCUCCUCUACCGGCUGCGCUGGGAGGCCGCUGCAGUUUCGUCACGGGACGCCUGGGUCACCUUUCCCCUGCCCCAGAUGUGGCUACUGGAGACGGGGAAAGGCGGGCCUCCCUAGAAGACGCCGAAAUCUUGACGUCCGCGCCCGGUUCUUCCGUGGCAGAAUAUAUUCCGGUUUACGAACAUUUACAAAUAGCUGCGAACCCUCGUGGUGGAAGAGCCUCCUGCACGACUAUGCGGAAGCCUGCCGAGAAGUCGCCCAAGGCAUCCGGCAGCGGCCGGGCAAAGCCGGUCUGUACCUCUCGCUGCUGGCUGGAGCGGUGGGCUGCAGCCUCCGCAACCCCAGCGAAGCGUCCUUCGACUCCAGCCUCCUGGAAGCCUCGGGCACCCUCCUCCUCCUCUCGCCCUGGACGCGCAGCAGCAGCUCGGAAAGGCAUACCCAGCGGUUGAUGGUGCUCCGAAACCGGGGCCAGUUGCGCGUCCAGAGCCUCGUGUUUUUCUCCCUCCUCUACGAGGCGCCUUAUGAUGCCGGAGCAGACCUCUAUCAAGCGCACUGCAAGUACCUGAAGCCACGGUGGACUGAUUUUCCCAGUCAGAUCCUCGAUGUAGGCUUCUGGGGGCGCUGGUGGGUGUUGCACUCCAAAAUGCAGGAUUCAGACAUUAACAAUGAAGAGUUUCAGUACCUGCCAGAGCAUCUCAAGACCAUUUCUUUUAAUGACUUGCACUCGGAAACCAACGAGAAACUUUUUGAUGAGAAAUACAAAGCUGUGAUCCUGACAGAGGAGCAAAUCCAACAAGCUGACAGGGAAGAUCAAGGGCAAUUGCACUCUUAAAGCAAUUGAGUGAUUGUAAUAUAUCAAUAGAAAACAAAACAAAGCAGAUGCUUCAUUAAUUCAGUUUUCCAUUUUCUUCUAGGGCUCGAAUGUUCAUUAUGUUGGUAGGCAUAGCAAGAUGGGAGAAUAAAUGCUAUCUAAAACCGAGUAGAUGUUUGAUGUAUAAUUCUUAGUGCCACCUAAGGUGAUUGAGUAAUUGACAGUUGUCUCUUUCUUUGUAGUCAUGUUUGCUCUAAAUUUGAUGUAAAACCUUAUGCAAAUUGGAGGACAAAUAGAUCAACACCCUUUCCUCAGUUUACAUACAGCCUUUCCUGUUCAUCUCAUAAUCUCUUCCCACAUCACUAAAAGUAGUAAGGAAAGUCCCAUGUUAUUCGUUCCCUAUCAGAAAUGAAGCUCAGUUAUACUUUAGUUUCUAUUUGGAUUUUGUUAAAAGGCAAGGCAGUAUGGCUUCCAAGCCGCAAUACUUUUCUUUUUUGAGAAACCAGCACAGCAUUAGCUUUAAAAAUUACUGUAGAGUCUUCUGUUACAUUUCAGUUACACUUUUAAUAUAAAAUUAAAGCUUGAUGCAGACUGCUUCAUCUUCAAAAGAUAAAUUUCUAUAAAUGAUUUGAUUCCAAGCCUUUUCCUUUUUGAAUGCAUUUUCAUUCUCUUGUAUGUAUUUGUCCAAGACAGAAGUAACAGAUUAUCAAAAUUCUGCAAAUCCUUUGUAAAUUUUCUAUACGUCAAUGAAAAUUGAUGUUUUUCAAAAUCUCAGAGAGGUCUCUGGAAGGCAGAGGCUGCUGAAAAUCAACUAUUUUGCUCCCUAAUUUCAAUGGUAGAAUCUUGGAUGUUGGGGGCUGCAUUUCUUAAUAUAUGGAUCUGUUUAUAUCUAAAAAGGUCAUGUUUCUUAAACAUGUUGACAUGGCAUUCACAACUUGAGUGGGAUGCUAUGUAGAUUACCCCAUGUGAUUCACUGAUCUGUUUGUAGUUCAUUGAUCUGCAUUGUUUGGUUUAAGUAUGAUUAAAAAUGCAAAUGGGGAAAAUAAUGUUUGUGGGGGGGAAGAGUAUGUUAGAAAAUCCAUUUUAAGAGGCUUGUCACACAUUAUUUAAACAUUAAAGAAAAAGGGACAUGAAAUAAUAACACCCCAAUUCUACACUGUAAAAUUGAAAAGUAUCCUCUCAAAUAAGAUUGUAUCAUAUUAAUGUAUGUAUAUGAUUUUAAAUUGCUUUGUAGUCAAGCUGCUUGUUUUUUCUGCCAGUUGGGAACUUACAUUUCUCUACCAACUGUACCUUCCUUUAAUCCUCCAGCAUAUAAAUUACUGACACUGAACAUAUUAUGUAAGCUAAAAUAUUUUAAACAUUCAGACUGGGUUCAUAAAUCAUGCUAAGCAAUUAAAUCAAUAAAUCAUGAUUUGU